AUGGUCUCACGGUUAAUACGAGCAGUACCAAGUAAAACACCCUACAAAGUUUUAGAAGUCCCUGAAAAUAUCAACUUUGUUGCAUUACGUGCAUGCUAUCGACGAAUAAUUCAUGAAUAUAAACAGAAGCAAAUAUCUGCUGAAGAAUUCCGACUUAAAGUUCGUGCAUAUGAAACAUUAUCCGAUUAUGACAAACGCAAGAAAUAUGAUUCUUUUAAAGAAUGGAUCUCCGAUCUACCAUUAAGCCAAUAUACUAUACAACAAUUAGCUGCUGAACCUGUUCUAAUAUCAACUCUAAUAGACCGAUUAGAUCAUGCUAGUAUAACUGAGAUCAAUGCUCAAGAUCCUAUAACAGGUCAAACAAUACUUUACGUUGCGGCACGUGCUGGCAAUGUGGUAGCUGUACAAUAUUUAAUCGAACAAGGAGCCCAACCUGAAUUAUCACAGCGCACGAAAAGUACUGCUUUGCAUGUUGCUUCUUUUUAUGGACAUGCCGAUGUUGUACGUUGUCUUUUGGAGAGUGGAGUUGAUCAUAGAAUAUUAAAUAUAGGAGAACGAACAGCUGAAGCUGAAGCUGCUAAUGAUGAUGUAAAACAGACGUUCAGUGAACUCAAACAAACACCAUACGUACGAGCCGCUGUCAAUGAUAUCGACUGGUUUUUGAAUAAUAGUUUAGUACAACAUAUUGAUGAAGAAUACUAUGGUCAACGUCAAACUCUAUUGCAUUGUGCUAGUAAAAAAGGUUAUUUUGAUCUUGUAAGUUUACUUGUAGAAAAAUUAUCAGCUAAUUUGAAUAUUGUUGAUGUAAAUGGAAACUCUGCUCUACAUCUUGCCUGUUAUGGGGGUCACAUUGAAAUUGUUGAUUAUCUCAUUAAUAAAGGUUGUAAUUCAACUUUUUAUAAUCGAUGGGGUUUAACAGCCGAGCAGGAAGGUAGCAAACAUGGUGAUAAAAUUAUGAAUAUUUUUCGAUCUAUGCGUGAUCAAAACAUGUUUGACAGGGCAUGCCAAGGUAUAGAUUGGUGGUUUGAGUAUUAUUUUGGUACUCAAUCCCCAGACACGAUCGAUUCUGAAGGUAUAAGUGUACUCUAUCAUGCAUGUUGCCAUGGUCAGUACAAUAUUGUUAAAUGGUUAUUAGAACAUAAAGCUAAUAUUAAUAUUCAAACAAGAGAAACACCUAAAAAUACUCCAUUACACGGAGCAAAAUAUCACGGACAUCUUAACAUUGUUGAACUAUUACUGGAAUAUGGUGCAGAUAUAACGAUUCAAAAUGAUUUCAACUUAACUAUUUUUGAACAAGGAUUUUCAAAAGAAAUAAAUCUAGAUAGAGCAAGAAUGAUCCAUCAACUUUUAGUAGCAUAUCAAAGCAAUUUACUCGCGAACAAAUUAAUUGAUGUUCAUAUAUAUUUAGAAGAUAAUCAAGAUGAUGAUCCAAAUUUGAAAAUACAAUUGCAUCAUGCUACUACAUAUGAUGAUUUAUUAUAUAUAUUAUCAACUAAGUUUUUAAAGAAUGAACAGAAUCAUUUUUCAAUUGCUGGACGUUCAUUAAAUUUUCAGACGAAAGAAACAACUCUACUAUCCGCUGUAUAUCGUGCACGUUAUCUAAAUUCAAAAUUGAUUGAUACACCACUUUGUCUUACUCUUCAUAAAAAACCAUACGAUGAAAAAACUAGUAAUGAAUACAACAUUCAUCAAGAUCCUGAAUUUGAUUUUCAUGUAUUUGACAAAUACUUUCAAUCAGUAGGUAUUGUCACUCAUUUUCAAUUAAAACCUUCAAUAGAUGAGCAAACGAUUAAUGUUGGUGAUUUAAUAUUUACGUUCUCCGGAGGAUCUGUAAAAAAUGAUUUGGAAUUUGAAGUUCGAGCAAUUUUUUCACCUGUUCAUGAAAUAUUUCGUUCAUCGGAAUGUUUGUGUUUGUUUGAAACAAAUCUUUAUGAAGAUACUUCGAAACUUCUCAAACUUCCUCUUGUAUCCAUGGCUAAUGCUGCAUAUGCGCGUCUAUAUACAUUGGCUAUAUCUACCCCAUAUUGGUUUAGUUGUAACACUCGUCGAACUUGUCUGCCUAUGCUGAAUGGUAUUCAUGCAUUCAUACAACAUAUAAAUAUUAUUCCAAUGUUAUUAACACUACCCGUUGAUAUGGUCAUCGCAGCUUCUAUUAAUCAACCAUUGAUUUUAAGAGAAAAACCUGUUCAAUGUACUUGUUUAUUAUUACAAAAACAUGACCCUAUUAACUUUCCAGAGAUAGUUUAUCAUGGAACGAAUAUUUCAUUUGUUCAAUCAAUUAUUGCUGAUGGACUCGUGGUACCGAGAACUGUAGUCAGUGCUGGAAAAUGUAUUACUCGUCGUGAAAACCAUAUUCGACGUGGUCGUGAAGCUUCUAGCAUUGCUGAUUUUGUCGAUGCUAUUUUCGUGAGUCCCAGUGUACAUUAUAGCUGUGAUCCAACAUAUGCCGUAGCAUUUCAGUAUGGUGAUCAGCAACUAUUACCUAUUCUUGAAUGUAGCGUGAGAAAAAAUAGCUAUUCUUGCUUUCCAUGUACAGUUCCAAGGUAUACCCCACAUUCAGAUGACGAUAUGCAGACUAUUGAAUGGCGUAUGUUAGAUUCAGGAAACAUCGUCAUUAAUGCUGUAUUAUUUAUUCCUAAGAUCGAUUCACUUGAAGCGACUAAACGAGAACGAAUCAAUAAACUAACUACCUAA